CUUACAGAAUUUAUUUUGCGUACCGAACAAUUUGAGGAUAUCGAUACGGUGAAGGUCAAGCUGGUCAAGGUUGUCGUAGCACAAUAUAUGGAACAAUGAGUUAAAAUAUGAUGUCCAACACAUUUGAAGUUGCUGAAUUGGCUGAAGAUUUUGAUGAAAAUAAAAGUUUUGAGGCCGUCGAGCCAUGUCUUAAGUUCAAAUCUAUAGAACAUGGUUUACGUGAUAUAACUUCCAUAGAUUCCAUCACUUGUGUGGCAGUGCAUGGCAAAUUUAUUGCAGUUGGAACACAAUUAGGACGUAUUCAUUUACUGGAUCACAGUGGUUUUCCUGUUGAAAAUGGAUUUUAUGGCGUGCAUACCGGACCUGUUAAUGCAAUUAGUAUAUCGGAGCAAGGUUAUUUUAUUGCUAGUUGUGGAGAAGAUGGACUUUUAGUGAUAUAUAAUUUAUCCUCGAUAUUACCCAAUCAAGUUAGCAAUUUCCAGUAUCCUAUCAAAGCGGUUGCUAUUGCUCCAGAUUUUGAAAAAUCUAAUAAUUUGGUUGUUGGCUUUAACAAGAUAUAUCUGCUUUCAAAAGGUAUGUUUACCAAAGCAAAACAUGAGCUUGCUAAAGUUCAUGGCUUGGUCAGAACAAUCAAAUGGCAUUGUGAAAUCAUCUUGUGGGCUGAUGAUAAAUGUAUAUGUGUUUACGAUAUUCGUGAUCAUCGUCCAAUUACUUUUAUUCAGUUCAUUAAUCCUAAUGAUGAAAUAACUAAUUUACCUACUAUGUGUAGUCUUUGUUGGUGUACAGAAAAUUGUUUUUUAAUUAGUCGAGGACACUCAAUUCGUAUUUGUCAAAUUUCAGAUCGGACUAGUAAUUCUGAUAAUUCAUUGCAUUCCAGCAAUUCUUCAUUGACUCACCAGUCGUCUCAAAGUUUAUCAUCAGUUGAAUGUCGUAUUGGCUUGCCAAGUCGUUAUGUUGAAAUCGUACAUCAAAUUAAUAUGGAUAAUUCUAUUAUUAUUCAUAGUGUUUCAAGACAUCAGGCAUAUAUUCUACUCUUAUUUAAUGUUAUUAAUGACUUGUCUAAAUCAAACUAUGAAAUAUCUGUUCUUGAUAUUGAUUUAGAUUCAAUCAGUAAUAAUUCAAUUUCAUCUAAUCAGCAAUAUAAAGAAAUUUAUCAUAAAAAAAUAUCAAUGAAAUCAACUGCUUCAUCAUACAUUGUCGGCUUAGUUAGUGUGCCCCAUGAAAAUACUCAUUAUAUAUUUUCAAGAAAAGAGCUAUUUUGUGCACAAGAACCAACUCUUGAUGAUCGUAUUGAUUGGUUCCUUGAAAAUAGUUUAUUUUCUAAGGGACUUGAAGCUGCUCAAGAACAUCCACGAUUGUUGACUCGUCAUACAGUUGAAUCUGUUGGCAUAACGUAUAUCGAUCAUUUACUAAGUGAACGUCAUUUUAUUGGAGCUGGAAUACUUUGUUCGCAAGUUUUAUCAACUAGAGAAGCUUGGGAAGAACAAGUUCGAAAAUUCUUAAAUAUCGAUCAUUUAGAGGCUAUUGUACCUUAUCUACCUGUUAGUGGUGAGGAGAAGUCUGUGAAACUCAAUUCUUCCACAUACGAAUUAAUUCUUACCGAUUAUAUGAACCGAAUGCCUAUUCAGUUUGCUCAGUUAUUAAUGGAAUGGUGCAAAUUAGGCGUUGUUGAUAUUAGUGAAAAAUUUCUUCAAACUUUACUAAACCGUAUUGAACAGUAUAGUUCUUUAUCUGAAUCUGUUGAUCUAACCAAAUUAGAUACAGAUGUACAAGCAUUAUAUCGUGGUUUAGCAAUAAUAUAUGAACAAAUGGGAUCUUUUGAACAAGCAAUAAAUAUAUUAGUUCGUCUACGCGAUCCAGAAGUGUUUACACUUGUUAAAUGUAAUAUUGUCAAACUUAAGGAUCGUCGGCUAGUGGAUAUAUUAAAAGACCAUUUGAUUUAUUUUAUGGAGUUAAAUACAACAAAAGCGAUUAAUAUGUUAAUGGAUCAUAUUGACCAAGUUUCAAUUGAUUACGUAGUCAAUCAACUUAAUUCGGAUUCUAUGUUACUUUAUCAAUUUUUAGACAGCGUUUACUAUCGAUAUCCACAAAUUAUUGGCCCAUAUUUAACUCUACUAAUAUCCUUAUACAUCAAAUUUUGUCGAAGUAAACUGCUACCUUUGUUGAAGUCUACAGAUCGAUAUCCUCUAAGUGAAGCCCUAAGCUUAUGUGAACGUGCGAAACUUGUACCAGAAACUGUUUAUCUGCUGACUAGAGUUGGGAGACGUCACGAUGCAUUACAAUUAAUUAUGACGAGGGGAGGCGAAGACUCGUUAAUUGGAGAGUCUACAACUCCGGAACAACGCCAAGCUAUAGCUGCUGCAAAGUCGAUCGAAUACUGCCGAGAAGAAGAUGUUAUCCACGCGAAAAAUCGUCGCCCUUUCCAUAGACAUCGUAGUAUGAAUAAUUCAAAUUGUACCAAGGAUUGCGAUGAAGACGAAGGUGAUGAAAAUGCCGGCGAACUAUGGCAACAGGUUAUUUUAUUUGCGGCGGAUAAACCUGCUUUCAUAUGUGCAUUACUACAAAACGCAGGCUGUGAAGGUCUUGAUUCACGUCUGCUACUACGUAAAAUAUCACCAGACAUGACUAUACCUGGACUCCGUGAUGCAAUUGUCAAGCUUAUGCAUGAUUACAAGAUUCAACUUGAACUGCAGCAAAGCUGUUCACGCAUUUUGUCAUCAGACAUGCAUAAGUUAUUCUUACGUGUUAUCAAAAUGCAAAUGAAAGGAAUUCGUGUGAAUUCAAGUGCUUGGUCCUCUACUGGAUGUACAGUGUGUCUGCAACCUAUAUUGAACAAUAACGGGCAAUCAUGGCGAAGUACAAAUCAAUUAAAAUGUGAUGUGAAUAGUCAAAGCAACGAAGAAAAUCAUCGGUCAUGGGCAAUUUUCAAUUGUAAUCAUAUUUGUCAUGGAGAUUGCUUGUCUAAUGGAGAAACGAAAUGCCCUUCGUGCUUAAAAUCACGUAUAAUAUAAUCCGUACUGAUAAUUGACAAAAGCUCUGAACUUUGUGAUUUAUUUUACCAUUUUAAUUUACAAAAGGGAAAAUAUUCCGCAGACUAUUUUUUUUAAAGUUUGAUCAUUAUUUUUUUUUCUUUUCAAUACAAAAAAAAGCAAAUUAUUUUUAUUGUUGAAAUCAAUUUAUUGUUUUAUGUGAAUUUUAUAAAAUAUGAACAAAAUUAAAGUAAAUUAAUUAGUAAUCAAAGUUGUGACUUAACU